AAAUCACAUAUGAAUGACAAAUUCCAUUUCAACCUUUGACAAUUACACACGCAAUACCCUUCACCUGCCACGAACCUUCAUUCUCUUUAUCAAAUCUUUAUUUAACACUUGUCCCUUAAUUUCUCCAUUUUUCUCAUUCUAUAUUCUCUCUUUUAUACACCAUUCUUAAUCUAAUAAUCUCUUAUAUACUAUCAAUUAUUACAGCUUAUACUAAUUUUCAGAAUCAAGAGUUAGAGUAACCAACCAUGGACAUGAACAACAACAACAACAAUAAUGAACAAUCCUUUUGGCAAUUCAGUGAUCAACUAAGGCAUCAUCAAGCAUCAAAUUUAGCAAAUUUAUCUCUAAAUGAUUCAAUUUGGAGCAACAACAAAAGACAUGAUCAAAGGAUAAACUUUGAUGUCAAAAACAACACUACAAUUUCUGAUAACAACAACAACAACUCCUUCACUUCAAAACCAAGUGAUUUCAAUGAUGGAUGGAAAAUGAUGAACAAUUCUAAUGGAACCCUUUUUUCCAUGCCACAUAAUAACAACAACAUCAACCCUCUUGGUGGAUUUAACAAGGGAAUUUAUUCUUCCCCUUAUGUUAACAAUAACAACCUUAACAACAUCAACAACAACCUUAACAAUAUCAAUUUGAAUGGUUACAAGUCAGGUUUUAAGGUUAGUGAUGAAUUUCACCUACCAAACAAAGGUGUCAAGAAGAAUCUCAACAACAAUAAUAACAACAGCAGCAACAAGAAGCAUGGAGAUAAUAAUGAUGUUACUAAAACUUCUACUGACAAGAAAUUCAAAACUCUUCCACCAUCUGAGUCUUUACCUAGGAAUGAAACCAUUGGUGGGUAUAUCUUUGUUUGUAACAAUGAUACCAUGGCUGAGAAUCUCAAAAGACAGAUCUUUGGUCUACCUCCAAGAUACAGAGAUUCAGUUAGAACCAUAACUCCAGGGUUACCCCUUUUUCUAUACAACUAUUCCACUCACCAACUCCAUGGAAUUUUUGAGGCUGCAAGUUUUGGAGGAAGCAAUAUUGAUCCAACAGCUUGGGAGGAUAAGAAGUGCCCUGGCGAAUCUCGUUUCCCUGCUCAGGUACAAGUGAUAACUAGAAAAAUUUGUGAGCCACUGGAGGAGGAUUCUUUUAGACCAAUUCUUCACCAUUACGACGGCCCUAAGUUUCGUCUUGAACUAAGUGUGUCCGAGGCACUGUCACUUCUGGAUAUUUUUGCAGAUCAGAAUAGUUUCAAUGACAUUUUCAAAGCUAUACCGGCAUAAAAUAGUC